AUGUCGUCCACGACAGCGAAGCUGCGUGCGUGCCUCCGAUGCCAUUAUGCACAGACAGCCGCAGAGUUCCAUGCUAAGGGCUGCCCCAAUUGCCAGGAUUUGUUGGAUAUGCAAGGCAGUCAGGAGCGAGUGGCCGACUUUACUACGUCGAACUUUGACGGUCUUAUCUGCAUGCUACAGCCGGAAGAAAGCUGGGUCGCUAAGUGGCAGCGUAUCGAAAAGCGCAUGGUGGGACUGUACGCCGUCAAGGUCGUAGGUCACCUCCCAGAAGGCUAUGAAUAA